UUUUUACUGUCAACAACAAUUAUAACCUUGAAUUAUAAUUUAAUGAUACAAUAGAAUAUAUAGUGUAUAAACAAAUAAGAAAAUGACUGACAAUGAAGAAAUAUUUAAUUUUAUUAUACAGUCAUUUUAAAUAGUUUAUAAUUUAAAAAUUAGUUUUUUUUUUAUCUCUUCUUGUAAGAGUAAUAUAAGAUUCAGAUGUUAGACAUGAUGUUAGUCACACUGUUUAACAAGUAGAAAAACAUAUAUAUUUGUUAAAACCUCAAGAUCACAAAUAACAACGAAAAUUUGAUAUUGUUUUUAGAACAAUUUAUAUAUACAGGAUUUAUUUUUCUCCUAUUCGUAAUGUAUCGUUCUUUGAAAAUCCAGUUUAUGAAUAAAAAAUUAUUUAUACCAUUAAAAAAUUAUCAAGAAUAUUUUAAACAUGCCACAAGUCACAAAUCACAUUUUCAGGAAAAUAAAAAUAAUUCAAAUGCAUCAUCGGAAAAUUUAAACACUAAUUAUCAAAGGUAUUUUAUCAGCAGUGCUAUUACAUUAUCCGCUUUUGGAGCCUAUUAUUUGUACAAUUCAGAAUUGAAAAAAAUAUUUGCCUUAGAACAAAAAACAUGUGGAUUGAGAAGAAAUGAUUUACGUACGUAUACAGCUGAAGAGGUGGGAAAACAUGACAAUAAAGAAACAGGUAUUUGGAUAUCGUUUAAAGAAGGAAUUUAUGAUAUCACCGAUUUUGUCGAUAAACAUCCAGGGGGGCCGAAAAAAAUUAUGAUGGCCGCUGGAAGUUCAAUUGAACCAUUUUGGAAUAUAUUUGCUAAUCAUCAUCAAAAUGAUAUUUAUCAAUUACUUGAAUCAAUGAGAAUUGGCAAUCUUUCAAUAGAUGAUAUUAAUUCUGAAGAAAAUAAAUCUAAUGAUCCAUAUGCAUGUGAGCCAAAAAGGCAUAAAGCUUUGAAAAUUAAUGGUCAUAAGCCAUUUUGCGCUGAACCACCAUCUUCAUUGCUUAUCGAAAGUUUUGAAACUCCAGCAGAAUUAUUCUAUGUAAGAAAUCAUUUGCCAGUUCCGGAAAUUGAUAUUAAAGAUUAUUCACUAGAAUUGGCAAUCGAAGAGACGACAAAAAAAGUAUUUAAUUUAAAUGAAUUGAAAAAAUAUCCAAAGUAUAGUGUAACAAGUGCAAUAAUGUGCGGUGGUAAUCGUAGAUCAGAAAUGGCACAGGAAAAGCCAUUAAAGGGACUUAGUUGGAAUGUUGGUGCAAUUGGAAAUGCCACGUGGUCAGGAGCAAGACUUUGUGAUAUUUUAGAAGAUUUGAAAAUUGAUGAAGAAAAAUACAAUCAUGUUCAGUUCGAAGGAUUGGAUUAUGAUCCAUCUGGUUCGCCAUAUGGUUCAAGUAUUCCCAUUGGCAAAGCUUUUGAUCCAAGAUCAGAUGUGAUUUUAGCUUAUGAAAUGAAUGGUGAACCAAUUUCUCUUGAUCAUGGUUAUCCAGUUCGAGUAAUUGUUCCCGGUGUUGUUGGCGCAAGAAAUGUUAAAUGGCUAGGAAAAAUUAUAAUUUCAAAAGACGAAAGUCCUGCACAAUGGCAGCAAGGUGAUUACAAGGGAUUCUCACCUUCAACAAAUUGGGAUAAUGUUGAUUUUUCAAAAGCUCCAGCAAUUCAAGAAAUGCCCGUGACAUCAGCUAUUUGUGUUCCGGAAUCAGGAGAUAAAGUCACCGUCAAAGAUGGAAAAAUUUCAGUUAAAGGAUACGCAUGGUCUGGUGGUGGAAAAAAAAUUAUCAGAGUCGAUAUCACAGCGGAUAGAGGUGAAAGUUGGUACACAGCUGAUUUAGUGGCAGAAGACACAAAUGCAAAACCAGGACGAUAUUAUAGUUGGAGUUUAUGGAGUUUAGAAUUACCAAUAGAUGUAAAACAAAAGGAAAUAGAAAUCUGGUCGAAAGCUGUCGAUUCUUCGUACAAUGUUCAACCGGAAAGUUUUAAAAAUAUUUGGAAUCUCCGAGGUUUUCUCUGCAAUGCCUAUCAUAGAGUAAGAGUACAAAUAUAGAAAAUUUCUCAAUACAAAAAAGACUGAUAAAUAUUAGUAUAUUUAUUUUUUAGUUAAAUUUUUAGAUUCAAUUUUUUUUUCAAUUGAAACGAAUUAGAGAAAAUUUCUAUUUAAUCGAAAGAAAUUAAUUUUGUUAUUAAUUUAAUUGAAAUUUAUUCAAUAAAUUAGUUUUUUUUU